CACAUGCAUUGGCUAUGCGAUAAAAAAUAUGAAAUACGAUGGACUGCGCCACGCGAGGAGUUUUGCCAGGUGAAUAAUCAAACCAUUACGGUAUCUUAAAUUCAAAAUGACAGAGACGAACGGGAUAUUAACUUUGACGACUACAAGUAAUGGUGAAGCUCUGACAGUCGUAAGCCGCACGCACAGUCAGUCGUCUUGCUCGGCGGAUACAGAUUUUGACGAGGAAGCUAACAUGCAAAAGUCGCCUACCGAAAAGGGCCCAUCUAUAUCAUUAACGGAAAAUUUAUUUAUAAACAGCGUCACUAGAUCAGACAUGCAUAUGAAAAGAAACUUAUUUGUUGGAUUUUUUGUAUCCUGUAUAUUACUUACACUGAUUAUGAUUAAAGUUUACAAUUACAAAGGAAUGACUAUUUUAGCUGCGACUAAACAUGAACCAUACGUAGAGGCACUGGGUUUAUUUCAUCAAAGUAACAAAUUCUCAACUCUGAAACACAACGUUAAUGAAGCCGCAUGGUCGCCUUACGAAUUUCGAACAUUGCAUCAGCAUAUAAUGGAUGGAGUACAUGAGAAGUUGACAGAGUUGAACCUAAAUCUGACGUCAGAAAUCGCUAUCAUUAAGGACAAGCUUAAGGCUUUAGAGGAGAAAUUGGACCAUUUCGAAGCGAAAACAAAGUUAGAAGCAGAAGCCAUUGAACGCGGUAUUGUGAUUCGAAAUCUCCCAGCAGUUCCACAUGAACACACCUUUCAAAAAGUAUAUGAAUUAUUCAGAGAGGGACUCGGUGUCAGUGCCAAAGUGGACAAAGCUCAUCGACGAAUGUCUCCAAGUGAAGACCCUUCACUUAUCGUUGUACUAGAAACAGUAGAGGACCAAGCUGCGGUUUUAAAUGCUCGACAAAAUCUCGGGAAAUCGGCGUCAUUCCAUGAUGUAAAGAUUGAACCAUAUACUUCACACGAUGCUCGUAUCACUAUGGAGAACAUGAGAACAUUGAUCCGGGCUAUAGGCAAAGAUGGCGAAAUUGUCUUCAGGAAUGGUAUGCUGGUUACGAGCACGUGA